AUGAAGUUUUUUAGUGCCUCUGUUAGUCUUUUUGCAGCGGUUGCCCUACGGGAUAGUCCUCUCGUAUCCGCACAUCCUAAAGGCGAGCUAGUCAUCGCUUGUGCCGUUAAUUGCAAGGCAGCUACUGGAGUUCUGGGAGCGGUCAAAGCCCUGGGCGCGCCCGCAACUUCGUUCUGCAGCUCCUUGCUCCAGGUACCCGCUACAAGCACUGUCCAGACUACCAUUACACCACCACCAACCCAAGUAACUGAGACAGCUCAGCCUGUGCUAGUCACUGUCAGCGUGAUCUCGGCAAUAUGUCCGCAGCAGGCGCCGUUAAAAAUUAUUAUAACUAAAUACUAA